AGACAGAGCGCGCCACAGCCUCCCGGCCCUGAGACUGCUGGGCCAGUCCACGGGAGCAUGUGGGAGCUCCGGUCCAUAGCCUUCUCCAGAGCCGUGUUCGCAGAGUUCCUGGCCACACUCCUCUUCGUCUUCUUUGGCCUUGGCUCGGCCCUCAAUUGGCCACAGGCCCUUCCUUCUGUGCUGCAGAUCUCAAUGGCGUUCGGCCUAGGUAUCAGCACCCUAGUGCAGGCUCUGGGCCACGUCAGCGGGGCCCACAUCAACCCUGCUGUGACUGUGGCCUUCCUGGUGGGCUGCCAUGUCUCUUUUCUCCGAGCUGCCUUCUAUGUGGCUGCCCAGCUGCUGGGGGCCGUGGCGGGGGCUGCUCUGCUCCAUGAGAUCACACCGGCAGACAUCCGCGGGGACCUGGCUGUCAAUGCUCUCAGCAACAACACGACAGCUGGCCAGGCCGUGACCGUGGAGCUCUUCCUGACCCUGCAGCUGGUGCUCUGCAUCUUUGCUUCCACCGAUGAGCGCCGUGGAGACAAUCUGGGCACCCCUGCCCUCUCUAUUGGCUUCUCUGUGGCCCUGGGCCACCUCCUUGGGAUCCACUAUACUGGCUGCUCCAUGAAUCCUGCCCGCUCCCUGGCUCCAGCCGUUGUCAUUGGCAAGUUUGAUGACCACUGGGUCUUCUGGAUCGGACCCCUGGUCGGCGCCAUCCUGGGCUCCCUCCUUUACAACUACGUGCUGUUCCCCCCAGCCAAGAGCCUGUCGGAGUGUCUGGCAGUGCUUAAGGGUCUGGAGCCAGACACUGACUGGGAGGAGCGCGAGGUGCGACGGCGGCAGUCGGUGGAGCUGCAUUCGCCACAGAGCCUGCCACGGGGCAGCAAGGCCUGAUUGC